UAACAUUAACUACAGAGCACUACUGAAAAUUAUAAGAAACCCCCAAAAAAGCUGAGACAAAAUUCUGUUCCUCUCCAUUUAUUUUUCUAACACAGCAGAGUACCCAACCCAACCCAACCGCCAACUCUUCUAGGCAUGGCUUGUCCGGCUCGGCUCCAGCUGGUUUUCUACUCGUUCUCCUCCUACGGAAGUUGCCGGUCGAAUAUUCCCGCCAUCUUCCAAAGGUUCACCGGGUUAUCCUCAACCCGCCAGUUCGGCCGGAUUUCCGCCAUGAACCGAUUGAAACCUCCAGUUGCUCCGGUCAUUGCCCAGGCCAAACGAAGCUCUUCUCCCAAAGAAUACAAAGUUGCUACUCCUGCUGAUAUUCAAUUUGAGGCACCACUUAGAAUCGUGGAAUAUCCAGACCCCAUACUGAGAGCGAAGAACAAGCGGAUAGAAACCUUUGACGAUAAUUUGAAGACUUUAGUUAGUGAAAUGUUCGACGUAAUGUACAAAACUGAUGGUAUUGGGCUCUCAGCUCCCCAAGUUGGAAUGAAUAUUCAGCUUAUGGUGUUUAAUCCCGUGGGUGAACGUGGUGAAGGAGAAGAAAUUGUUCUUGUAAAUCCCAGAGUUAACAAAUAUUCAAAGAAAAUGGUUCUUUUUAAUGAAGGUUGCUUGUCCUUCCCAGGAAUUUAUGCCGAUGUUAGGAGGCCUGAAUCUGUAAAGAUUGAUGCACGGGACAUUAAUGGUGCAAGAUUUAUAGUCAAUCUGUCAGGUCUUCCUGCAAGGGUUUUCCAACAUGAAUACGACCAUUUAGAGGGUGUACUCUUCUUUGAUAGAAUGACUGAAGAAGUUCUUAGCAGUAUAAGUACACAAUUGAAGGCCUUAGAAAAAAAGUAUGAGGAUAGAACAGGAUUGCCAAGUCCUGAAAAGGUUGAACCCCGUCAAAUCAGGAAGGCUGCUGUUGGCUUUGGAAAAUUAUCAUGAUUUCUUUGAGACGUGAGGCAUUCACUUUUCUUUUUUGUAGGGUUUAAUGUGUUCUAGCUUCUAGGCCCUGGAAUUGUUCUGGGACAGAUGAUGCACAAUAACUGUAGCGAAUCACAUUUUUCCCCAUAAUGAUAGAGGUGAGUGCAACUUCACAUGUCUUUUGGAAGAGUAAUACUACAAAUGUCAUAGGCCGAUUACAACGAACUAUCUGAGCAGUCAAGAGGUUUGAUAUUGAGAAGAACUUCUUGAGGAGCAAGAUUUGUACUUUUUCUUGACACAUUUUUAGUGCACCAUGUCCUAAUCAUUCUAUGGAUUGUAGAAAAGUAAAACUUUAUAUCAUAUGUAGACAUUAUUUAUUAAAAGUUCCUAUGCAUGUUUACUUUCACUUGA